AUGUCACAGGAUGAAAGGCAUUUAUCACAGCUAUCACAAUCCAAUAAAACGGUACAUGUGAUACCAUUUUACACGGUCUAUCUUCUUCAGUCAGGUCCACGGUUACAGCUGUUUUACAUUGGUUCCACGCCUAAUCCGUGUCGUCGCCUUCGCCAACAUAAUGGUGAACUCCAAAGUGGCGCUUAUAGAACUCGCAAGGACGGAUUUCGACCAUGGCAUUUUGCCGCCAUAAUCACAGGCUUCCUGUCCAAAAUUUCAGCCUUACAGUUUGAACAUGCCCUCCAACAUCCUCAUAGCACUCGCCAUAUCCCAGACAAUAAGCGUGUUUCUCGAUCCAAAUCUGGAGGCAGAUCGGUCCAUCUCAAGCUAGCCAACAUCAGACUCCUAGUUUCAAGCAGAUACUUUGGUCACCUCGGUCUUUGCGUCAAUAUCUUCAGUUUUCAUAUCUUAGAUGUUUGGAACGCAAAUAAGCAUUCUAUAGAGUAUGAGAACAUGCGAUUUUGGGACAAAGGCUACGAUGAGUUCGUAGGGGAACUCGAAGUGGGGGAUUUUCACAUGGUGAAGGAUGCAUGUGAGAAUCUUCAGAAUAAGCUAAUGCAAAUUACCCACUGUACUGGUUGUGGUGGAUCCAUAGAUAUGAUGCCAGAACACGAACAAAAUUCUUUACCAUUACCAGCCAUUACUUUAUGUGUGUGCCAAAAUGUGUAUCAUCUACGGUGUCUUUCAGACGAAAUACUACCUAAAUACGUGCAUUGUAAGAUAUGUGGGGGUAAGCUGGACUGGUUCCGACUUGCAAUGGUAGCCACCCAGGCUAGAAGUGCUUUCUUGUGA